AUGGCUCUCUGUCUGGCACGCCGCGCACCUACUCUUACAGGACAGUUCCGCUCCCUAGCAUCUGCAGCCUCUUCUCGAAAUCUCGUAUCUCGAGCUGUCAGGCCUAUAACUUCUCUCCGCACGGGCACUGAGUCAUCUGCAGCGUUCCGACAGCUGCGAGCUUUCACACAAGUCUCAGCAACAUGGAAUAAGAGUCAAGAGGCGCCCAAUGCGAAAGCAUAUCUAGACAGCGGUGUAAUAGCAGGCGCCCGAAACCUAGUAGAUGUUAAGAAGGUUUUGGUUAUCGGUAGCGGUGGUCUCAGCAUUGGUCAAGCUGGAGAGUUCGACUAUUCCGGCUCACAAGCGCUCAAGGCUCUGAAGGAGGCUGGCGUCAAGUCAGUCCUCCUCAACCCCAAUAUUGCAACUAUCCAAACCUCGCACGUGCUCGCCGAUGAAAUUUAUUACCUGCCCGUAACGCCCGAAUACGCCGAAUACGUAAUCCAGAAAGAGAGGCCCGAUGGCAUCUUCCUCAGCUUCGGUGGCCAAACUGCGCUCAACUUGGGUGUGCAGAUGGAUGCGAAGGGCAUUUUCGAGAAGUACGGCGUCAAGGUCCUUGGAACCAGUGUUGAGACUCUGAAAACUAGCGAGGACCGAGACCUGUUCGCGCGCGCUCUGGAAGAAAUCAACAUUCCCAUUGCUAAAUCGAUCGCGGUUUCCUCAGUCGACGAGGCACUCGACGCAGCUGAAAACAUUGGAUACCCCAUCAUCGUCCGCGCUGCGUACGCGCUCGGAGGUCUUGGUUCCGGGUUCGCGAAUAACGCCGAAGAGCUCAAGAACUUGUCUGCUCGUUCGCUCACGCUAUCGCCUCAAAUCUUGGUGGAGAAGUCGCUGAAGGGCUGGAAGGAGGCCGAGUAUGAGGUUGUGCGUGAUGCAAGCGACAACUGCAUCACUGUUUGCAACAUGGAGAAUUUCGACCCCCUUGGCGUACAUACCGGUGACAGUAUCGUCGUAUCCCCGAGUCAGACCUUCAGCGACGAGGAAUACCACAUGCUCCGGUCCGCGUCCAUCAAGAUCGUCCGACACUUGGGCGUUGUUGGCGAGUGCAAUGUGCAAUACUGUCUUCAGCCAGAUGGGCUCGACUACAGGGUUAUCGAAGUCAACGCGCGCUUGUCUCGUUCUUCUGCAUUGGCAUCUAAGGCAACUGGAUACCCCUUGGCGUACACUGCGGCAAAGAUUGGUCUCGGACACACCCUCCCUGAACUACCAAACGCCGUUACAAAGACCACCACCGCAAACUUCGAGCCUAGCUUGGAUUAUGUCGUCACAAAAAUGCCUCGAUGGGAUCUCAGCAAAUUCCAAAACGUCAAGCGUGAUAUCGGCAGUUCUAUGAAGUCGGUCGGCGAGGUCAUGGCUAUCGGCCGCACGUUCGAGGAGUCGUUCCAGAAGGCUUGCCGACAAGUCGACCCCAAGUUCUUAGGCUUCGAGGGCGAGAAAUACGGCGAAAGCCUUGAUGAUGAGUUGGCAAACCCUACCGAUCGCCGAUGGCUUGCUGUCGGCCAGGCUCUCUUCCACGAGGGCUACACUGUCGACAGGGUACACGAUCUCACCAAGAUUGACAAGUGGUUUUUGUACAAACUUCAGAACAUUGUUGACUGCACACACGAACUCGAGGACAUUGGCAGUCUGUUUGGCCUCAAGAAGGAGAUCAUCCUAAAGGCUAAGAAGCUCGGCUUCUCAGACAAGCAGAUUGCAAAGGCCGUCAACAGCAGCGAAGACGAGGUUCGAGCACGAAGGAAGAGCUUUGGCAUCAGGCCAUGGGUCAAGAAGAUUGACACAUUGGCUGCUGAGUUCCCUGCCGACACGAAUUAUUUAACCACCUACAACGCCUCCUCUCACGACGUCACCUUUGAUGACCACGGCAUCAUCGUUCUUGGGAGCGGUGUCUACCGUAUCGGAAGCUCGGUAGAGUUUGACUGGUGUGCGGUCAACGCUGCCAUGACCCUCAAUAACCUCGGCAAGAAGACUGUCAUGAUCAACUUCAACCCAGAGACGUACAGCACCGAUUUUGAUGUCGCUGACAAGCUCUACUUCGAAGAGCUCAGCUAUGAAAGAGUCAUGGAUAUUUACGAGUUGGAGACUGCAAGCGGUGUCGUUGUGUCUGUUGGAGGUCAACUCCCUCAAAACAUCGCACUAAAGCUCCAGGAGUCCGGCAAGGCCAAGGUCCUUGGAACUGACCCCAAAGAUAUCGACAAGGCAGAGGACCGUCACAAAUUCUCUUCAAUCUUGGACUCCAUUGGUGUAGAUCAGCCCGCUUGGAAGGAACUUACCUCCUAUGAAGAGGCGAAGAAGUUCGCUAACACUGUCGAAUACCCAGUCCUCGUGCGGCCAUCGUAUGUUCUCUCGGGUGCUGCGAUGACUGUCAUCCGCAGCGAAGACGAGCUUAAGGAGAAGCUCCUCGCUGCCUCCUCAGUCUCGCCUGAUCAUCCUGUCGUCAUCACCAAAUUUAUCGAUGGCGCUCAGGAGAUUGACUGCGACGCUGUUGCUUCCGGUGGAAAGGUUGUCGUACAUGCCGUCAGUGAGCACGUUGAGAACGCCGGUGUGCAUUCUGGUGAUGCUACCCUUGUGUUGCCACCAGUCAAUCUUGACAAGAGGAUCCAGGAGCGCGUUAAGGAGAUCGCCGACAAGGUCGCUAAAGCCUGGAACAUCACGGGUCCCUUCAACAUGCAAAUCAUCAAAGAGGAGGUCGAAGGCGCUGAACCCAACCUCAAGGUUAUCGAGUGCAAUCUCCGUGCCUCUCGUUCGUUCCCCUUCGUCAGCAAGGUCCUCGGUACCAACUUCAUCGAUGUGGCCACCAAGGCCCUUGUUGGCCGCGAGGUCCCUGAGCCCACGGAUCUUAUGGCCGUCGAGAGGAACUAUGUCGCCACCAAGGUGCCUCAAUUCUCCUGGACUAGGCUAGCAGGUGCGGACCCCUACCUCGGCGUCGAGAUGAGCUCUACUGGUGAGAUGGCCUGCUUCGGUAAGGACCUUAUCGAGGCUUACUGGGCAUCUGCUCAGUCGCAGAUGAACUUCCGCCUCCCUCAACCUGGUGAGGGUCUCCUCUUCGGUGGCGAUGUUACCGCGGAUGCCCUCCACAGCAACUCUUUGAUUCAAAUUGCGAAGUACGUACACCCGCUCGGCUACAAGUUCCUCGCCGCCAAUAAGGACGUCAAAGCGCUCCUUGAGAAGAACACCGAGGGUGUCAGCGUCGAAGUUAUUGAGUUCCCCAAAGACGAUAAGAGGAAAUUGCGCGAGGUGUUUGAGAAGUAUGAUAUCCGCGGCUGCUUUAACCUGGCGAAGUUCAGGGCGAACGGUCUGCUGGACGAGGAUUACGUGAUGAGAAGGAACGCUGUCGACUUUGGUGUGCCUCUAUUUAUGGAGCCUAAGACCGCCGUUCUCUUCGCUCAAUGCAUGAGCGAGAAGUUGCCAAAGAAGGAGGGUAUUCCAAGCGAAGUCAGGUCAUGGAGUGACUUCGUUGGUGGACGCCCGUUGUAA